UUUCACACUACGUUCCAGCGCGUGUUCCCGUGCGUUUCAGGUCAACAGCGAGCGACUAUCGCUGAAAAAACAAUUUGAAAGCGAGUAAAAACAAAUUAAAAUCAAAUAAAACAAAUAAAUAGUAAAAAUCGAGUUAUGUGUGAAACUCUAAACUGAAAAAAAGUUUAUAGAUUAAAAUGUACGGUUGUCGAACCGUAUUCUUGGUGGUCUUCGUUUUGGGACCUGCGGCGUUCGGUUUUCGAUGUGACAGGACACCACCGGAUGUCACAAAACCCAAGAGCCCAUCCCACGGUGAAUAUUUGCUAGAAAUUAACGGAGAUCCAUCUAACUACGUCUCCGGGUACACAUACAAGGUUGUAUUGAAAGGGGCGACUUUUUCCCACGAUGAAAAGAGAUUCACCAACUUUGUGUUAGUUGUCGAACCCAGCGAUACCGAUGAUAAUUCGCAGCAUAAUACUUCAGUUGGGGUUUUGCAAAUUCAAGGGGAUGGACUUAUUAAGUAUAGUGAUAAAUGCCCGAAUGCUAUUGAGCAUAUUAAUUCGAUAGGGAAGACUCAAAUAACGGUGUUAUGGACCGCACCCACCAAUGGAACUGGGUGCAUAGCUAUAAGAGCAACUGUGGUUGAAUCCGUUGAUAGGUGGUACAGCGAUGAUGGUAAAUUAACAAAAAUUCUUUGUGCCGAAUCCCAGGAUAACGAAGAUUAUCAACCGCCGAUUCUCGAGGAAUGUUGUGCUUGCCACGAAGCUAAAUAUGAAGUCACUUUUGAGGGGUUAUGGUCGAGGAAUACGCAUCCUAAAGAUUUUCCUAAAUAUAAUUGGAUGACGAGGUUUAGUGACAUUAUAGGGGCAUCUCACACAGUUAAUUACACUUUUUGGUCUUAUGGUGGUUAUGCAAGCGGGGGUUUACAACAAUUAGCCGAAAAUGGAAACACGAGGGAACUGGAGCGAGAACUCAAAGAUAAGAGUGAGCACAUUAGGACCAUUAUUAAAGCAAGAGGAAUCAGUUACCCUAAUAUCACCGGGAAAACGUUUGCAGUUUUUCGCGUAGAUAAAAAACACCAUUUAAUGUCGUUGGUGUCGAUGAUUCAUCCCUCUCCUGAUUGGAUCGUGGGAGUAUCAAGUUUAGAGCUUUGCUUAAAAAAUUGUUCUUGGGUCGAAGGAAAAACCCUAAAUUUAUAUCCCUGGGAUGCAGGAACGGAUGAUGGCGAUACUUAUCUGUCUGAUAACAAACCAUCAAAUCCCCGCCAAAUAAUAAAAAGAAUCACAACAAACGAUAGCGCAUCUCCUUUCCACGACGAAAGUGGCUCAGAAAUGAAACCUUUGGCGCGAUUAAUUCUUUCACGGCAACGAUUAUACGAAAAAAAUUGCAACUCAGACGGUGUUGAUAGAUAUAUUGACCCCAUAAAACAAGAAGGAUAUUGCAACGUAACCGAAUGGUCAGAAUGGUCAAGUUGCUCCGCGAAAUGUGGCCGAGGAAUGCGCCACAAACAACGACGCUACAAAAAUCAAGACCCCGAUUAUGCAAGACAACAAAGUUAUUGCAAACAAACCUUAACCAAACGCUCCUCUUGCACCGCAAAAACCGAGAGGUGUUAUAACCCAGGAAACAUCGACGAAGACUGCCAAUUAUCAUCAUUCGGCCCAUGGUCAGGAUGCAGCGUCCCAUGCGGAAGAGGAACAAAAACAAGAAGUAGACAAUUUAAAUCAAAAAGUGCCGCAAAAUUCUGCCCAUUCAGAUUCUCUUCAGUUCCUAUUCUCCAAGAAAACGUCCCAUGCUUCGAAAGAGAUUGCGAAUCCCACGAGGAACAACCUCAAAUUCCCGAGGAGUGCGAAAAAUUAGAAUGGAGCGAAUGGACUCCGUGUUCGGCAACUUGCGGAAAAGGUGUUAAAAUGCGAAAAAAAUUGCCUUACGAAAAAAAUAUAACGUAUCAAAGAAAUAGGAGACAUUAUCAAGAUGAUUAUGAAAAUAACGACGAAGAUGAUCGAAAUGAUGGAUACGAACCUGGCGAAUGCGAUGAUAUUACUGAAACUGUCGAAUGUGAAAGCGAACAAGAGGCUGAAUGCGACGAAACCGUCACUGCAAACGCGUGUUCGCUCCCGAUGGUUCCCGGAUUGUGCAGAAGCUUCACAGAUAGGUGGUACUAUAAUUUAUAUCGAGGGAAAUGCGAACUGUUUAACUUUAGCGGUUGCGAGGGAAAUUCAAACAAUUUCAGAACUUUGGAAGCCUGCGAGCGGCUCUGUGGACACUUACAUAGUAAUUCUACGAAAAGUGGACGUUAUCAAAAUGAACCCAAUGAUCAACCACAUUAUGGAAAAUCCGAAACCACACCGUUUGAAAGCGAUAGUUUAGUAACUGAAGAUGUAGAUUGCGUCGUUUCGAAAUGGUCUGAUUGGUCAACUUGCGAUGUUGAGUGCGGAAAAGGUCAUCAAUAUAAACAUCGUUACAUAAUGAGACAUUCUCAAAAUAAUGGAAAAAAAUGUCCUGAAAAAUUGAUUAAAAAAAAGAAAUGUAGAGUUCAUUGUAAAUCUGAAAGAACAACUGAAUCCCCCGAAGAUAUUGAUUGCGUAAUGGAUAAUUGGUCACAUUGGUCACCUUGUAGCCAUACAUGUGGUCCAAAUGCAAUAAGACAACGAACAAGAAACAUUAUCGUUCGACCUAGCGGAAGAGGAGAACCAUGUUUAGAUCGUGUUCAAUACGAACAUUGCAAUUUAGGAGCGUGUCAUCCUUAUUAAAAAGAAAUGAUAUCAAAACUAAGUGUUUUUUGAAAUUAACUAAUUAAUAUUAUUAUCUUGUUGUACAUAGACAAAAAGAAGUAUUGUAGAAACGUAGAAAUAGAAAACUUAGUGGAUUAACCCAAAAAUAAACUAGGACCAAUUUAAAUUUAAA